GUUCUUGGCGAAUGCCAUUUAUAUAUAAACCAUUUGAGCUCUAAACAAAAUGGAUGUUUAUUAAGAGUAACUGUUAUGAUAUCAGCAUAAGUUAAUUAUAUUAAAUAAUAAUCUGUACCUUUAAAUCUGUUACAUACACUUCAUUCUUUUUGCGGAAAAAGAUACAAUGGUGUCUGGACACUUCCAAGCUAAUACACAUUAUCUGACUAGUUUUGGCUCUGCCACAUGUAUACUGGAACAAGACAAGAAGUAAAUUUGUUUUAAAUCAGUAAAUUAUUGAAAACACAACUGAUAAGAAAUCGAAAAAUUACGCAUUAUACUUACUGCAUGGUCAACUUUAUCCAAUGUGUGUUCACCUGGCAUGUUAACACGCUUCAACACGAAUAGCCAGUUGGUGUCCGAAGUCAUUUUUCAAGAAUUAUUGGUUUGUUGGUAGAUAUCUUACGAUUGUUUUUGUUAACCUCGCAGUCGCGACGAAUGCAUUUCAUAAAUGUAACUUCCGACACUCCCGUAUCUUGCUGACAUCAGCGUGAGUUAUCUACUAUACCUAUUCUUAAAUUACACCAAACCUCGAUGUAAGCAUUUUUUGAAUCAAAUCUUAAAAUCUUAACGUUUACCGCCUUUUUGAAUUGUGAUGAUUGCAAUUACAAACAUAUAUGCUAUAUAUUCCAAAGUUGGUUGGUGAGCUACUGAGCUGAUAAAACGACAAGGUCUAUUCAAUCGCUGCAACUGCAGGUUACUCAGAUACUGCGUAGAGCCAAGGGAUGAAAUAAUAACACAUACGGCAUAACACCAUUAUUGUAACAAUUCUCAGAAUUCGAUAAUUUCCCACGAGAAAAAUGAAAGAUUCCUUUUUACGAUCUGAUUUAAUUUUGCUAUUUAUAUGUGUACUUGAAAUUAUCGUAAUAAAUUUAAAACGCAGGUCUUUCAAAACAGUGCACGCCGUAGAUCCAACAUUUUUCAAUCUGAUUUGAACUUCCGGGAUUAUAUUUAGGCGGGAAGACGUACGCAAAACUUUAGGCUAGAUAUCUUAAAAACCGAUAAUGCACUACAGAAAGUUAGAAUUGAAGACGAAAUAGGAAACCAAAACGUGGAUAUAGUCAGGAAUCUCUGAAUCCGAAUCGUCAAGCCAUAAAUUCCGUACAAUCACAAACUGAAUGAAAAUAAGCAACAGGAGCGAACAAAACAAAAUUAAUGAAACCACCGCCGGUUAAAUGCUAAUGAUCAUAGGAUAGUGAUCGUCCCUUUUUUUGAUCCCAUAUCAGAUUGUAGUAGGAUAAUUCGGUUGAUUUAAAAAGACAAGUCGACCGUUACCUCUAUCCUUACGAGUUUACCACUAUUCAAAUCGUGAGUAGUUCAAUUUCACUUGGUUGAAUUGUUCUUCAUGUUAUUGACGUUCGGCACGUUCAAAAAUGUGUGAGACGGAUCGAUCUACAGAUUGGAAAAGUUCCUUAGCAUCGCGGAAGAACAUAUCGUUUGAGAACCUUCCUUAUAUACCAAUGUUAGUUGAAGAUAUUCCGAAAUAUAUUUCUCAAGACGACUACGAAACAGAUAGGGUUAAGAAGAUUCAAACGUUCGGAAGAUUUCUAUCCAAGAGCGAGGCCUUUGGCAAGCUCGUAUCUUUAACUCCAGGAAAUACAUGUCAAUUUCCUGUUAGUUUCAAAAACUUAAACGUUACAGAUAUAUAUGUCAAAAUCUCGGACGAUGCUGAUGUAUUCUGCCCAAUAUGGAAAAGGUACGACGUGUUUAAAGUAUAUGGAACUUUAACAGUAGAGGAAGGACUAGGACACGUGUUGCAAACCUACCGUUUAGUACCAGUCCAUGAUAUUGAGGGCACAUGGAAGUUGAUGAACAUUUUAAUGAAAUUCGCACAGCCAGAAUAUCACCGGUAUCAUCGCACUAAGGGACAAACUGAUACACUAUGUUUACAGCUGGAAGAAAAGGAACGCCAAAGGGAACUUCACAAGAAAGAAAAGGAGUCAAACAAAAAUUUUGUUCAGUCUAUGUGCCAAUGAUUCAAGCCUCUAAGGAUCUUCGAAUUGGCCUUCCUCGUAUUCCAACGAGCGAUCCAGAGUUCCGUUCUGAAGCAUUUGGAUGACGCGUGUUAUCACAGAAAUCUCGUGAAACUCACUGGGGCAAUAAACUUGUUGAAACGGUUUGUAAAAGGUGAA